AUGAUUGUCACUGAGCUUGGUGCCAUGGGCGUCAAGCCCGGCCUCAACAUUAUGGAUGAGUCCACACCGGAAGGCCAGAUUUUCAUGGGCGUCUAUCGUAAGAUCAUCGCAGCCCCUGGAGCUCCUCACCGAUUGUAUCUGGGACUCGAACUUGAAGACCCAACCAUGGUCUGGGGCUUCUUUGACUGGGAUUCAAUUGAAGACCAUGAGAAGUUUGCCAAAGAGUAUGGCGUGGAACUGUGCAAAGACUUGCCCAAGGUCUUGACAUACGGCGAAUUCUGCAAGCACAUUACCGCCACGCCAACUUUUCCAAAUGCGCUGAAGUCUGUCGUGACUGAUGUCUUCGUCAUUUACUAUCCUUCCAACAUUACUCCGAAGGCAAAAAAUACAGCGACUGCACGACUUCAGGAGAUCCUCAAGGAAGGCUUCGGGAAAGUCUCUGAAGCGACUGUCACGAGCUACGGCUGGGGAGUUCAAGACGAUUUUCCUGUGAAGGGGGGGAAACCCAAUCAGACAGGCUCUAUCUUAACAGUGUUUGUCGGCUGGUCCAAUCUCGGGGCAAACGAAACCUUUCAUCAAUCACAGACCUAUAAGGGGAUUGAAAGCAAGCUUGGAACCAUUGAAGGAUCAAUCAAAUUGAGAUCGUUCCGUCUCAGCUGCACAGUACUUGAGAAGCAGACACGGUGGAUCAAGCAAACAGAUGGAAAGGCAACAAAUGAUUGCUGA